AUGGCCUGCACGCGAGAGGUCGCCAUCGCCGAUCACUUCCCUGAGGGCACGGCGGUGCUCAGCCCACGCAGGGCAUUCCGCUACAGUGUGCCACCGUGUCCUCAGGGCGGUCCUCGCAAUGAUGACACCCGGGGGUUUCCUCCCACCCCAUCAGACACAGUUACCUCCCGAAACUUCCAUGUCCGGAGAUCAAACCCAGACAUUUUGAAUUUCAUGGCUCUCCACAACAUGACUCGCACCAGUGAACUGCACGCGUACUUCAUGACUAAGGUUCUUCUUUUGUUGGGCCAGAAGUCUAAGCCUAUAGUCUGGCAGGAGGUCUUCUAUGACGGUGCGGUGUUACCUAGUGACGCCAUCAUACAAGUGUGGAAAACUAUUGGAUCGAAGGAUAUGAUUGCAAUCCUGGCCAAACGUCACAAAGUCAUUUACUCCUCGUCCUGGUACCUAGACCAACUCAGUAAUGGUGGAGAUUGGUACAACUUCUACGUUUACGAUCCUCGGCGCAUUAUAGAUUCCAAAUCAUUGAAUCUAGAAGAUAUUGUUGGCGGUGAAGCUUGUAUGUGGGGCGAAGUAGUUGAUGAUACCAACUUCAUUGCUAGGGUGUGGCCUCGUGCUAGCGCUCCUGCGGAAGUUCUGUGGUCUGCCUUGAAUCCUCAAUACACCCUGUCUAAUGGAAGUCAGAUCGCCAGCCGUCUAGAGGAGCAUGUCUGUCGAAUGAACCGUCGCGGGAUUCGUGCCCAACCAGCCAACGGACCAAGCGCACUGGACACUCCUCUUUUUACUGGGAUAGGAUUAAGAUAUGAUGUCGUUCUGGUGCAGUGA